UCUACUUUUUUAAAGCGUGUUUCCAAUCACGUUGUUUAGAAUUGGAAUUCCGCUUAUAUUGUUGAUUUGUUUACUUCGAUUCAAAACGAUUUGUAUGAAAUGGCAAAGGCAAUUGUUGAUAAGAACGGUGUAGCCACACCUACCAAGAAGAAAAAGCUGGUCAACAAAAAGCCAAUAUCAAAAACGAAAUCCUUAACCAAAGCAGUGACCAUAGCCAACGGACAUCCCAAAGACCAAAAGAAACAGCAGAAACAGCCGGCCCACCCAAAGAAACGGGAACUAGAGGUUGGGGCCAAUGAUAAUGAUGAUGAUGAUGAGGCUGAUGAGGAAAAAGAGGCAAUUAAGAAACCUAAAUCGGAGAAGGCUAAUGACGAGGACAAACCCGCCCUUUCAAUCAAAGACAUCAUUCCCGCUGUAUUUGGAAUAUUCAGUAAUCUGCAGAGUGGGCGUCUCUCUCAAAACAAUCUAAACAGAUUGGUCAACCUGUUGCGAAAUGAACCCGAUGACGCCAAGCGCCUGGCAACUUGCUCCUACACUCUGAAACGAUUGGUAAGAGCCACUGGCUCGGAUGAUAUGCAAUCGGUGUCCCAAAGUGCCGCCAAUAUCCAUUGCAUUUUAACGUCUGUACCCAAUAUUGAUAUAUACGAUCUCCUCGAGACUAUGAAACGUGAUUUGCCAGUUAGCAGCGGCAUCGGUGGUAAACAGAAGAAAGGCAAAACGGAUUCAUUGGCAUCGGUGGGACAAGUAAUUACCGUCUAUACCAUUAUGCAGACUCCGUAUUUUAAGAAUGCUGAACCCAAACUGUUAACGGCUCUGUAUACGAUCCUGAUUGGACAACUAAAAGGACGGGAAUAUUUGGCUUCGAUGAGUGCAAAUAUAUUGGCAGAUUCAUUUACACAGCUAAACGCAUCGGUAUUUGAAUCUCAUGUAUGGAGUCAACUAAAAUCGGUUAUUUUAUUGCCCAUAGCAAAGCAGAAGAUUUAUCUCUUUGAUCUUCUGUUAGCUGCGUAUUUCCAAAAGAUCUUAUCACGCAAUCAACUGGAAUCUGCACUAUCAUUGAAAAAUUUUGAGGAUGUGUUUGAACUUUAUCUAAAUAGUUCGAUAUCGCAAAAUGCCAACGCGUAUAAGCGAUUUGCCAAAUUUCUAAUACAAAAGGAGCAGGCGAAAUUGCUUAAGCAAUGGCAAAAAUAUGUAGAUGAUAAAAUUGUUACUGCCAAUAAUAGCCGUUUCAAGAUGUGUGCCCUACAGAUAAUAACCUAUGUCCUCUUGUAUUGUAAUGAAAGUUCCGAUCAGAGAAUUAUAGUUGAAUUAUUCAGUCCGAAUGUAUUAGAGAUGCUAUUUAAUGAGCUACAGUCGGCCAAAAGAAAGCGAAGUGAGAAAACAAAGGCAUCACAUUUGGAAUUAAAAGCAAUCUUUCCACAACUUGAGGCAAUACUUUUGUUAUUCUACAAAAGUAAAGUCAGCCAGGAUGAUGUAAAAGUGCAAAUUCUUAUGCGUCUGCUGGAUAAUGCUGUACGAUUGGAAUCUGUUAUACAUUUGCCCAAAUACAUUGAGCAAUUGAUUAAUGAGUUGAGCCCUGAUGGAGUGUACAAAGUCUAUAGCUAUUUCCGUGAUCUUCUCUUCAAGGAGAGUGUAUCCAAGUCAUGUCGCAUUUAUUGUCUGGGUAGAUUAAACGCCAUUCUUGCGCGGGAUGGUCUCACGGAUGAGAAUCGUAAAACCGAAAUGCUUCAGAUGUUGUACAUGGCCACAUUCAAUGUGAAUUAUGAACAAAAGCCGUGCUCGCAAGCAAACGCAUGUGAAUUCAAUGAACUGAAGGGCACACACUUCCGGGCAAUGUUCUACAAUAAUCUGUUAAAGGAGGCACGCAGUUUGGAGGAUCUGUUGCCACAGCUUAACUUCUUCACAAGCCGCGUGAUUAAAGAGUUUGCCAAUAGCGAAAACGAAACGAAAUUACGUUGCGGUCCACGUAGUGCAGAACAAAAGGGAACCUGGAAAGCAAUCGAAAACAUAAUUCUUGAAGCCAAAAAGCAAAAGAAUACGGAUAAAUUAAAACAAACCUUGGAUGGUUUGAUAUUGUUUGUUUCUCUUACACAAUUAUCGGGCGAUCCACGUCUCGUCACGGUGUUAAAGGAUCUGAUUCAGUGCAAGGUAUUCGCCACUAGUAAGGAGAAAUCAAAGAAGACGUUAGACGUUUCAUGGAAAGAAGUUCUUACUGAUUCUUUACUUGUUUUGAAUUUACAAAAUGAACAAUUUUGGCGAAAAUUUAUUAAUCUGGUUUUGGCCAGUGUAAUUGAGCAUUUGGAAGAGCAGCAUUUGGAGCAAAUAUUGGCAGUCUUGGAUAUGAGAAAGAAUCCUCUGAGCAAAAACGAGAAUGAAGAUGAGGAUGCCGAUGACGAUGAAGAGGAGGACGAUGAGGAGGAUGAAAGUGAAGCUAGCAGCGAUGAAGAUUCAAGUGAGGAUGAAGACGAUGAGAAUGAGAAAGAUGACGAAGAAACCGAGAAAGAGGAGAACGAGGUGGAGGAGGAUGACACUGAGAAUGCUCGACUUGAAGAGUUGCGUGAAAGUGUUCGCCUGGCUUUAACUAAAGAUAUGGCCAAUAAUGAUGAUGAUGAUAAUGAUGGUGCAAGCAGCGUGGAUUGGAAUGAUGUGGAUGAGGCCGAAGGGGAGCGCCUUAAUGCUGCCCUGGAACGUUCCUUCCAAGCCUUCAAACCCAAAACGGCAAAGUCAGAAGCCAAACGUCGUCCAACCAAAUCCGAACGGAUUAACUCUACCACAUUAAUGCAUUUCCGUAUCAGAGCUUUGGAUAUGUUAGAAGUAUUUGUAUCCAAGAAACCAGAAAUUGAAAUAAUACUGGAUAUCAUUCAGUCCGUUUUCCAAGUCUAUAUGUCCUGUAGCAUUGGCCCCCAUGCCAAGGAACAGCAAUUGCGAGAGGCAAGCAUAAAGCUAAUGCGCAAAAUAAUUAAUCAGACAAUUACAUAUAAGCCUGAACAAGAUAAAUCCAUCAUCUUGGAGGUCAUUGAACAAUUGAUGGCGACGGCAUCAACAAAAAUUGAGAAUGACGACCAAAAGAAGCCCCAGCAGCAGCAUCAGCCUAAAGCCGAAAUCGAGGUGAUGCAAUGGCGUGACAAAUUCCUAGCCCAUCUAGUCAGUCAGUUCACCUCCAGCAAGAAUGCCACCAAAAUACCAGUCUGGCCUCUCCUCGAGGGCUACAUUGUCGAAUGGAUAUCACGACGCAAAACUAGCCUCACCCUGGCCAGUUUUGAAGCCAUCUUCAACACCAAUUGGCCUGGUGUGGCCCAUGUGGCUAAUGCCAUGUCUUCCCACCUGCUAUCGGAUGCGACACGUUCCCAGCGUCGUUAUCAAAUCCUAAAACUGCUUAGCGAUCAUUCAAAUCGUUUUAAUCUAAUCUAUAAGAACUAUCCCAAAGCCUUGGAUCAACUCCAUCAGCAAAUAAUUGAAUAUACAGAGUUGGCCCUUGAUAAAUCUGAUUUCCAGAAAUCCAAAGAAGGCAAACUUCUAAGUAAAAUUCUAGCUCAAGGCACAGAUCCCAAAUGCCGCGAAUUGAUUGAAAAAAUUGCAAAAUAAUUUAACUUAAAUUUUAACUAAUUAUUUUAAUUCCAUGGCGAAAUGUUUUACCUAAACCAAUCUACGCAAUUAUUUCUUCUUCUUCACCAUUAUAUGACCAUCAGUUUAUGAAAUUAUGAAUUCGAAAUAAAGCAAGUUGUGCCUUUAAGAGUCUACCUAUAGAAAGGGUACAGGAUAAAUACAAAUUCAUAAUAAAAUGCGAACCCAAUGACUCAUGAA